GCAGAAGUUCAAGUCCAUUCGACUUUCUCGGCAUACUAUGGUUGCUUGCUUUAGAUAUUCACUUCGUAUUUGCUCUUUAGUUAGCUUAAAUUCAAUCCCCCAAACUGCAACUUAAAUCCGUCUUAGAUCUCGUAGGUCGCUAGUUCGUGGGCUGGAAAUAUUAGGAUUGACAGUGCUCGCCACGGCUGUAUAAGGAAGUGUGAAUAACCUGUAGCAUGAAGUCAGUGCAGACAUAAGCAUGCAUUGGGGCGGCAUAAAACUGGGCACGUGAGGCACUGAAGAGAGCAUCAUCUCUCGCUUGUCAGGCCUCAAAUCACAAACGCCAGACACAAACCACUUGCGACAUCAUGCCCAAAGCAUAUGCUGCCAGUGCAUGGCCUGGAGCUCCUCCUGUCUCGGAGGAUGGCUUCGCAUUCGCCGAAGGUGUAUUUUUCGCUCAAUCCUCUGGCCAGAACCGUCAUCGGCGCGCCACAGCAACCGAGCUCAAGGAGCAUUUCACGUCUGGCAACGACAAAGAUCACCCCGCACACUGGUUUGAGGCCCAACUCAUUCACUAUGGUCUCCCUCCAUCCAAGACUAAGUCUGUUGCGCGCAUGCGACUGUUUGAUGCGGUGAAUGCGGGAAACCUCAAGGUGCCAGCUAAUGUGAGCAAACUUGAGACGAAAUUGAAGAAAGAAUGGACAAAGAACGAUCGUGAGGCGAAGAAGGGUGCGGCGAGCAAACCUGCUGCGCAAGUGACGCCUGUGAAGGCUGAGACGAAGAAAACCUCUGCACCGGGUUCAAAGAGAAAAGCAAAUGACGAUAAAAGCAACGCGACGGCCAAAAAGCCAAAGACCGUUGCACCAAAGGCUGUGACACCAAAGGCAAAAGCGCCAGCGAAAACACCAGCUAAGGCACCCGCCAAAAGCACGGCAAAGACAGCGGCAAAGGACCCUGAAACGGGCCCCGCACCGACACUGGCACGAAAGCCCCAGGCUGCGCGCUGCGUUAGAGGCGGUGCAUCUCAAGCCGCUGGCCGAGGAGCAAGCACCGCUGCAACAGAACCGACAAAACAGCCACGAACUAAGCAAACUGCCCGCCGAGGAAACUCAUCCCGAUGGUCAACAGGUGGUCAGAGCCGACAGACAGCAAGAGACCCUUCUCCCGAAGCACCCAGAUUCGCAACGCCUCAGACUGCUCGACGCAGCGGCGCUUUUGCGGCCCGGGGACGAAUACCCGCUCCGUCGGGCUACGAUGAUGAUGCUCCACCCCCAUACUCGGAAUUUCCAGAUCAAGAUUACUCCUCGGAUGAGAACAACGGCAGCGAUGACGUCGACGAGGCCAGCCUUGCACCGUUGGGUUUUUUGAAUGGCGAUUACGAAGUUGAAUCGCUCGAUGUGAGCGAGCAAUGGGAUUUUGAUCCUGACGAGUUCCAAUUGACUCUUACAAUUUCUGGCAACCGACUCUGGGGAAGAUUCAACCUCGGCGUCUACGAAGGCGUACUCCUCUUUGAAGAACGUCCUAUGCGCUCAUCGCAUGAUCGCGUCUGGUUCAAAUGGCGGGGUCGUGAAGAUCAGGGACCUGUAAUUUAUGGGGAUAACAACGAAGGUUGGAUGGAGUUUCUUGGCGACGGUCGCAUUGAGGGUUGGUUGGGCCACCAGUCUCUAUCAUUCCAGGCUCGUCGAUUGCCUGGUCAAGGGACGCGCAGUAGCAUUGAUGCUCGCACUUUGCAGGAUGAAUGGAACGGGUAUUCCUAUGAUUUGUACGAAGAGGAGAAUCGGGCGCGGUGGCGAUGAGCUUGAUUCGUUUGGGGUAGGUUACAGCGGGUGAGAGGACGAAUUGGUUACAUGUGACGCCGAUCACUGAAGAUUUUGAGAUGUUGGAGUUGAGACUGUUGCACAGAAUAUUGCGGCUUUUAAUAUUGUCGCAGGAGAAACUAGUUAUAAUAAGUGUCCUUGUUAAUGAUGGAAACUUUUAAUACACCGCUUCCAUUUGUC